AUUCAAUAGAUUUGGCAACAUUAUCGCUCAUACUGGACAUCGAAGGAUGCAUUUGCUUUGUUGAAGAAAACACCAAUUUGACAAUCGAGUAUAUAUUUUGUAAGAAAAAUACAAUAUUGAAUUUUUCAAAUCUAAAAAAGAAAUUAAGUUUGUCAAAAAAAGCAUAUAGAUAUUUCUAAAGCUAUAAAUUACAAGUUCAAAGCUAAAAUUAAGAAUGCCCAUGGGAGCAGAGCCUGUUUAUCAACCGACAACCGUCUCGGUCUCCUAUGAGCCACGACCAGGAAGAAACAAUGCUCGUUUACCAUUUAAAAUAUUGCGGAAUACGCGAUUUCAGCUGUUUAUGUUGAUUAUUGGACUUUUGUCCGUUGCAACUGGUUUGGCCAUAUUUUCUAGCGCGUACGACAGCAUGCCCAGUAACUUAUUUUACAAUAAGCAUACCGAAAAUCUGCCCGACAACGAUAUUGUGAUAAUUGGCCACCAAAUCCCAACUGGAAUUGUUGUUUUGUGUGCUUUUCUCGUGGUAACCGGUGCGAUGUGCAUUGGCGUUUAUCUAGCUGUUGCCGACUGGCGGCGCCAUUGUAUUUGCCGUUGCCCACUGUUUGAUAAGAAAAAAUCUUUAGCUCGACAACUGCAAUGCCAAAACGGUGGUGGUUGUGGUGGUGAAGGCAUAAUGGCGUUAAAUCCUUCAACAGAUCCGCUUGUAUCGCACACACAAUACGCACAGAUAUCGGAGCUGCCACACCGGUGCGAUGAAGAAGAACGCAGAAACUUGAUGCCCGACAACAAAGAUUGGUGAUUUUAUCAUUUAUCUCUCAGCAGCGCUGAAGAGUCGGAUCGCAUGUUGGAACCCGAUCCACGAAUUGUUUUGCGGCCAAUGGGUCGCUUAGAUGAUGCUUAAGAGCGACGGAAAAGGUAGAAGUGAAUGGGAAAAACUGUGCAGCUGGCUGUCGUAUUAAAUACAGUAACUUUACUGUCGUUUUAAACGUAGAGAUUCUACGAAUAUUUUGUGUAUCCACUAAAUUAUUACAAUUUGAAUUAUGUUAAGCUAAUUAGAGCUGUGUUUUUCGUAAGUAAACACUUGUUUUGAAUUUUUCAAAUGCAUUGUGACAUUUGUUAUUCCACGUAUAUUCUAAUUGUAACUAAUUUUCACAAAUCCAGAUUUUUAAACAUUUAAUUAUAUAGUCUAUUAAAUUUUAAAUUGAGAAUUGAGGUAAUCUCGUAGUUGUAAGCUAUUAUAUUUAUCGCUUAGACACAAAGUUCAGCAAUUUGUUGAUCCACGCACACACACACACACGCAUACAUAUAAUAAAUUCGUGUAAAAUUAACAUUUUAAUAAAAAAAAAAUAAAAUUGUAUUUGUAAUUACCUACAAAUAAGUAACUUUAAAUUAUUAGUACUUUUGGAAAACAACCGUUCGCAUAUUUAUAUAAGUAAUAUUUAAAAUAAAGCAUUAAAGCAGUACACAAAACGAAGCUCGAAAUCAUGCGGUACUGUCAGUCUUAUGCAUUAAAUAUUUUACUCUAAACGUAUUUGUUGUAUUUGAAUUAAGUACGAACUUUGCUUUCCUAACCAAUAAAAAUGGCGUAAAUACUCAUUUUUU